UACAGAGUACAGACACGCAUGCGAUCACACACUCUCAGUGUUGUAUGGACUGCCUUACCGUACUAGUGAGAAGGAGAGGGGUGGGUCUCAACUACAUUACAGCAAGCAAGAGACUGAAUUAACCUUAAAGUUUAUGGCCAGAUUAAAUGCGGUAGAAGCGGCUUUCUCAACUUCCUGACCGGUUGCUACAGCGCCAACCUUCGUUUUCUGUUUACUUUCAUUGUAACGCAUUUUAAUUUACUGAGGAGCUUUUAGUUUGAUUAACGGCGUUUGUUUCAGGAGUGUUUCGUUUGGCCCCGGCGUCUCAUCGGCGUGGGUUCGAGCGCAUUUUUAGACUGAACAGUCCAAGUGUUCGGCUGCUGAAUGUAGGAUAAAGGUCAUGAACAAAAGCGCCGUCACAGAUGACAUGGAGAUGCAGCAUGAUCCAGAAGUGCAGUUUAAACUGGCUCACCCAGAUUCAGAAAGAAUCGACCCGGGGCCCAAAACCCGAGUGAGGGGCCAGUGGUCCAGUAAAGUGGAGUUUAUCUUAGCUGUUGCGGGACAGAUCAUUGGUUUGGGAAAUGUGUGGAGGUUUCCAUAUCUGUGUUACAAGAAUGGAGGAGGAGUGUUUUUCAUUCCAUAUGUGGUAUUUCUGUUCGCCUGUGGGAUUCCUCUGUUUCUCUUGGAGAUUGCUUUGGGUCAGUACACCAGCCAAGGGUCUAUCACCUGUUGGAGGAAGAUUUGCCCACUAUUUGAAGGUCUGGGUUAUGGAAAUCAGGUGGUCGUUUUAUAUUCCAGUAUCUACUACAUCAUCAUUCUGGCCUGGGCUUUCUUCUAUCUUUUCUCUUCUUUUAGUGGUCAACUACCGUGGGCCAGCUGCAGGAACUGGUGGAAUUCAGACACCUGUGUAGAGUUCGACCGGACGGAAGGCACAAGAAAUUUGAGCUUUGCGGAGAAUGCAACAUCACCUGUUAAAGAAUUCUGGGAGAGGCGGGUAUUGAAUAUAACAGGAAGUGUGAAUGAGCUGGGCAGUGUGAGGUGGGAACUUGCUCUGUGUCUUCUGUUGGCCUGGAUCAUCUGUUACUUCUGCGUGUGGAAAGGAGUGAAGUCCACAGGCAAGGUUGUGUAUUUUACAGCUACGUUUCCUUAUGUCAUGCUGCUAGUGCUUCUGAUUCGAGGUCUUACGUUGCCCGGGGCCAUAGAUGGCAUCAUCUUCUACCUCUACCCUAAUCCAACACGCCUCACAGACCCACAGGUGUGGAUGGAUGCUGGAACACAGAUCUUCUACUCUUAUGCUCUUUGCAUUGGGUGCCUCACAGCUUUAGGAAGCUACAAUAAGUACAACAACAACUGCUACAAAGAUUGUAUUUAUCUGUGCCUGUUGAACAGUGGAACCAGUUUUGUUGCUGGCUUUGCCAUAUUUUCAGUUUUGGGCUUCAUGGCGUACGAGCAGGGAGUAGAUAUUUCAUUGGUGGCAGAGUCAGGUCCUGGUUUGGUCUUCAUAGCAUACCCAAGAGCCAUUGCAAUGAUGCCUAUGCCUCAGCUGUGGUCCAUAUGUUUCUUCAUCAUGAUUAUUCUGCUGGGGCUUGACAGUGAGUUUGUAUGUCUGGAGGCUCUUAUGACAGCCAUAACGGACACAAAUCCCAACUUUUUCCUACAAGGACAACGUCGCAAACUGUUUCUCCUCCUCGUCUGUGUGGCCAGCUUCCUCGUUGGCCUUCUGAUGGUGACAGAGGGUGGUCUGUAUAUCUUCCAGUUAUUUGAUUAUUAUUCCUGCAGUGGAAUGACCCUCCUGCUGUUUGCGUUUGCACAGUCAUUGUGUAUUGGCUGGAUUUAUGGUGCUGAUCGUCUUUAUGAAAACAUUGUAGACAUGAUCGGUUACCGUCCUUUGACGCUAAUGAAAUACUGUUGGAAGUACAUCACUCCUAUUGUGUGUCUAGGCACAUUUGUUUUCUCUCUGGUUAAAUUCACUCCUCUGAAGUUUAACAACACAUUUGAAUAUCCAUGGUGGGGCUACGCUGUCGGCUGGUGGUUCACCCUCUCUUCAACAUUACUGGUUCCCAUAUGGAUGAUCUAUGUUGUCCUCAUCACACCUGGUACACUGAAACAGAGAUUGAAUACCCUCUGCACUCCAUCCAGCGACCACUCCAUCCAGCGACCAUCAGCAAGACCGAAAGACGCUGUGACCCAAAACUGGAAGUACAGCAUGUACUGUAUAUCAUGUCCUGAUAGAGAAACUGUAUAAAAAUAUCCUUGGGCUGUAAAAGGACAACUGUAGAUAGCGUUAAUGCCUUUAAAGAUACACGUUCACGUGAGCUCCUAAGAAGGCAUAACUCCAACUGUAGCUGACUAUGACAAUCUACAGUAUUUUAAGGUUACUGAAGGGGUAUUUUACAAAGAGUUACUGUGAUUGUGCCCACUGAUAGUUUGGUUUAUUUGCACACGUUAUGUUUUUUUACACCAGAUAUGCUGAAGGUAAUGGCACAAACACGGCCAAAAAACUGUGCUGAAUGGUGUUUGCAUGGCACAGACUGCCAGUUUGCAGGCUGGUGUCAUAAACGUGGGUCUCCCCAGAUGAGUGAAUCUGUCAUGGGACACCAAAGUGAUUGGCUAAUAGAGCUGUGUACUCUAUUCAAGUGCCUGAUUAUAAAACCUUAUCUUACCUUAUCUAUACCGUAUGACCAAUAAUUUAAAAUAUAUAUAUAUUUUAAAUAGUAUAGAAACAAAGCUGUAGAUCAUAAUAUGGUCUAGUCACUAGGACUGUCUGACAUCCCUUUAGCACAUAAUAAUGAAAAUCUUAAUAUGCCUUGUUCUUCAUUAUCUGUUGUGAUCAGGUGAUCAUCUUGCUAAAAAAAUCCAUUAACCACUGCCAUGGGAGUAAAAGCAAAUAGCACAAAGUUUUGCGAAAGACACACAAACUCUAAAGAGUCUAAUUUACAUAGAAAAAAAUAAAAUUGCUCUGAAAAGUACUUAUGACUUUUAUAAAAAUAUGCAACUAACAAUGACCUUAAAUACUGCAGAAUUGGUAGGUGAAUUGAUAGGUUUUUGUGCUUUCAUACAUGAAUGUUACAGUCUUAGUUACUCAGUUAUGAGGCAUCUCAUGACCUUACUCGAUUAUAAACAGCUGCAAGAUAUGAGACAACACACAACUGAUACGAAAAACAUCACAAAAAUGAGGGAGUGGACCAGUGACAUUUUGAAAGGACCAAUGUUCAUUACAGUUGGUAUACAAAACUUUGGAUAAUAUGUUACUUUUUUCAGUUAGAAAGACUUUUAAUGUUUAAACCAGAGUGGCUUAAAAAAAAUUCAAGGUAUGUUCUGUAAAUCAUGUACAGUGAGGGAAAUAAGUAUUUGAUCCCCUGCUGAUUUUGUAAGUUUGCCUACUUACA